AUGGAGGAUAUGGUGUUGCCUGGUGGUGGUUUGAGUUGUGGUGGGUGUAAUUGCGACAGACAAUAUGAACUUGUGUUGGAUGCGCGCAAACUACUAGUGGUGCUGGUUGUCGGUGGUGGUAGUUGGCGGUGGUGGUUGGCUGCGGUGGUGGUGGAGAAAAAUGGCGGUGAUGGUUGGCGGUGGUGGCGGUUGGUGGUUGGCGGCGGCGGCGAUGGUGGUCGUUGGUGGUGGUGGGCGGCGGAGGUGGUGGACAGUGGUGCUGGUUGGCGGUGA